CCCCCCCCCCCCAGCGUUUGUGCGAGUGUGUGUGUGUACACUGUGGGGUAGCGACCGUAGGAUGAGCUGCCCUGGAGCCAUCGCAGUCUGUGGGGACUGACACACGCCGCUGCAAAUACAGCAGUCAAUGCAGUCUUCCAGAGGCUCUCCCUCCCCGUGGCUGAGAAACCAGCAGCAGCAGCAGCAGCACCAACAUGUCCCGCGUCUCCUCCACCGCCAAGCGCUACACUGGCUCCUCCUACGGCAGCCACUACAGCUCUUCCCUGACCCCGGGCCUUAGCUCCUACGGCGAACGGGAUAGGCUGUCGUCCUACAAGUCCCCCACUUCCUCCUCUUCCUCAGGUUACUCCUCCUCCAGCUAUCUGAGCAGCUCCGCCACCCGCAGCCGCAACUACAGCACCUCCUCGGACCCGGACCGCGACCGGGGCCGAACCAUCCCGCGUGCCGACAUCCUUGGCAGCAGCAGCAGCAGCCGCCGGAGCGAGAGCCUCAGCCGAACGCCCAUCAAAAGCUACGGGGGGUCAGGGCUGAGCGGCGGGGGGUCAUCCUACAUCGGCUACAGUUCCUACUGUCCAUCCUCGGCCCAGUCCAGCUACCUCUCCUCUUCACCGGUGGCCUCCAGCAUCUCUCUCAGUCGACGAAAAUCUGUAUCCCAGAGUGACUUAAGCAGGGACCUGGCCUCUCUGGGCCUCAGCGACACCUCCUCUGCUUCCUCUACCCCGUCUUCUUCCACCAGUGCCCUGCGGAGCUAUCGCAGUCGGGCCAGCGAUGUGGCCGACUCAUACGGUACCAGCUCCCGUCCGAGCUACUCAGGCCUGUCGCGGAGUUCCACUCAGGAGGCCCUCUCGCGGAGCUCCACCAAGGAAGCCUUCAGCAGCAGCAGCAGCAGCAGUAGAGCGUUCAGCUCUUCGACCUGGGAGCCGAGCAGUAACGGGCUAUACGACUCCCCCACCAGGGACUCCACGAACUCAAAGAGCGCCCAGGGUCUGGUCGGACUGAAGAACCUGGGAAACACUUGUUUCAUGAACAGUAUCCUGCAGUGUCUCAGCAACACACACAGCCUGCGAGACUACUGCCUGCACAACUCGCACCGCAGAGACCUUAACAACAACAGCCGCACCAACACAGCCCUCAUGGAAGAAUUUGCCAAGCUGAUGCAGACCAUGUGGACGUCAUCCAGCAGCGAGGCGGUCAGCCCGUCCGAAUUCAAAACUCAGAUCCAGAGAUACGCUCCCAGAUUCGUGGGAUACAACCAACAGGACGCUCAGGAGUUUCUGCGUUUCCUCCUGGACGGUCUGCACAACGAGGUCAACAGGGUCACCGUCAGGCCAAGAGGCACUGUGGAGGACUUCGACCACCUGCCGGACGAGGAGAAAGGGAAGAAGAUGUGGAGUAAAUACCUGGAAAGAGAAGACAGUAAAAUAGUCGACCUGUUCGUAGGGCAGCUCAAGAGCUCUCUGACCUGCAGCCACUGUGGCUUCUGCUCCACCGUCUUCGACCCCUUCUGGGAUCUGUCUCUACCUAUCGCCAAGAAGGGCUACGGUGAGGUGAGCCUGAUGGACUGCAUGCGGCUCUUCACCAAAGAAGACGUUCUGGACGGGGAUGAGAAGCCAACGUGUUACAGGUGUAAAGCGAGGAGAAGAUGCACUAAGAAGUUCACAGUACAGAAGUUUCCCAAGAUCUUAGUGCUGCACCUGAAACGCUUCUCUGAGGCACGAAGAACCAGCAAACUGUCCACCUUCGUUAACUUCCCCAUGAAGGAUCUUGACCUGCGGGAGUUUGCCUCUGGAAACAGCAUAAAUGCAGUGUACAACCUGUAUGCAGUGUCCAACCACUCAGGCACCACUAUGGGCGGUCACUACACAGCCUACUGUCGCAAUCCCAACUCGGGAGAAUGGUACACCUUUAAUGACUCCAGAGUAACGCCAAUGUCCUCCAGCCAAGUGCGCAGCAGCGACGCCUACGUCCUGUUCUACGAGUUGGCUUCCUCCUCGCGCAUGUGAAGCCUCCUGGAGGACAGCGGGCCACAGCACCACUCUUGACAGACGGACGGACGGACGGAUGGGUGGAUGGAUAGAAAAGGAGAAUGUUGGUGGAGCCUGGCCUAUUUUGGACUUGUACUCGGACAUAUAUCACACACACACACACACACUCACACACACAUGAAGGCACACAUCCCUCCACCAGCCUGGAGCCUACUUCUGUCAGAAGAGGGAGUUAGAGAGGGGAACACUCUGGAAGCUACAGGAACCUGAUGAACCAGCCCUGCUUUCUCUCUCUCCCUCCUUCUCUCUCUUUUUUUCUCUGUCUUUAUUCGUUGUCUCGCUCACUCCGGUUGGAGGUGUGUGUUUACUAUGUGUGUGUGUGUGUGUGAGUGUG